AUGAGCCACAGGCAGCGCCGAGACAAUCGGGGCGACAGAAACAACAACAGAGACAGACACGACAACAGAAACGAGCACAGAAGCGAUAGGGACAGAAACGACAGAAAUGACAGAGGCAGGUCGUACAUGAGCAGACAGGAGAGACCCAAGAAGGAGGCCAUUCUCGACUUGAACAAGUUCAAGGACCAGAAGGUGGUGGUCAAGUUCAUUGGUGGUAGACAGGUUGUUGGAGUUUUGAAGGGUUUCGAUCAGUUGAUGAACUUGGUGUUGGAGGAUGUCACUGAGCAGCUCAGAGAUCCUGAGGACGAUGCUGUUUUAACAGAGAAGACGAGGGAUUUCAAGGUCGUGGUGGUCAGAGGUCCGCUGUUGUUGACCCUUUCGCCGUUGGACGGUACGGAGAGCAUCGAGAACCCAUUUGUGGUGGACCAGCAGUAG